AUGGAGAUUGAUGUGGGGUCGCUGAGGUGCGUUGCACCAGCACUCGGGAUUCCGCCAAACCGGCACUAUGACCCGAGCGAUGCCGAGGACGCCGCGUUGCGGCUGGAGUGGGCCAAGGUGCUCUUUCGCGCUGGCUACCGGCUUCGUUUCCCUCAGGGGACCACCGGCACGGCCGUGCUGCUGUUCCACCGGUUCCUUAUCCAGGAGCGCGUGGGCAAGCACCGCCGCAGCCGGGAUGUCAUCCUAACGACCUGCCUGUUCCUGGCUGGGAAGGUGACCGAGGCCCCCCGCCGCCUACGAGACGUUAUCAACGUGCUCCACAUGCUCAACAGCACGGGUCAGGACGAGCCGCCCCUGCUGGACAAGGCCUACUGGACCAUGAAGGAGCGGAUCGUCGAGUUCGAGCAGGUUCUCCUGCGCACCAUCAACUUCCAGGUCGACCCUCCGGAUCCCUACCGCCUGCUGCUCAACUACGCGCGAUCGCUGAGGCUCGACCGCGCCGCCACCCGCACGGCGUGGGGGCUGGCCAACGACGUCCUCUUCUGCCCCCGAGCCCUCUCCGCCCCGCCACCGGCCGUCGCCUGCGCCGUCAUACGGAUGGCCGCGCGCGUCCACGGGGGCGACCGGCGGCUGCGGUGGUACUCCCCCCCGGUGCAGAAAAUAAGCAAGCGUCGGCGGGAGGAGGAGGGGGAUGCGAUCGGCGGUCGGGAUCUCGGGAAAGUGGAGAGUGGUAUGGGGGACAGGGGUCGUGGUGGUGGCACCGGUAGCGGUGGCGGUGCGAGCGUUGUUCCACCGACGGAGCGGCCUGCGCCACCACCUCCGCCUCCACCGCCGUUUCCUCCACCCCACGGUGGACUUGGAGGAGGCGUGAACGGCCAACACGUUGUCACGGCAGCGGGUGCCCGGCCACCACCGCCACCACCUCCCCCUCCUCCAACGGUUGGCGAUCACGGAGGGAUCAGUGGCAAUCAAGGCGGUUUUGCAGGUGGCGCCGAUGUCCUUGUUGUUGGCGUUAAGAGCAGUGACGGCGGCAGGGGUGGCGACGAAGACCAAGGGGACGAGACGGCGACUAAGCCGUGGUGGCGGCUGUUCGACGCGCGAGACGAGGAGGUAGAACUGGUGUGCUCGGAGCUGCUCGCCCUGUACCGAGCGCACGGCGACGGCGAGAGUACUGCUGGCAAGGACGGCAGCAGCGAAAUAACCGCCAAGGGUGGUGGUGGCGGUGACAGCGCCAAGAGCAGCGACGGCAGGCCGGAGGAGGAGGCGAUUGCGAGGGAGGCGGGCGGGGAGUAG